AUGGCCCCCGGGAAGGGGGCAGUGGGGCGGACGCCGGGGCUGCGGGCGCCUCCGGAGUCGAGCUGGGCGCGGGCGGAGCAAGACGCCUCCUCUCCGUCAUCGCUCCCACCUGCAGCCCGCGCAGUUACAGCGCGGCUACGUGAUGCUGGUGGUGGUGGUGAUAAUAGUGAAGAUGAUGAUGAUGAUGAGGACAAUGACCAUGAUAGUGAGGAUGGUGAUGGUAUUGAUGAUGGUGGUGGUGAUAAUAGUGAAGAUGAUGGUGAUCGUGAGAAUGAUGAUCACAGCGAUGAUCACAAUAACAAAGACAGUGACGAUAGUGAGGAUGAUGAUGGUGUUGGUGGUAAUGAUUAUAAUGAUAACGAUUAUGGUAAUGACAAUGGUACUGAUGAUGAUGGUGAUGAUGACGACAGUGGCUGA